CAAAUGUCAAAAAAAUCCUGAUGACGUAAGCCAAUGUUGAUAGUGGUGGCGGUGGUCUAUUUCUAAUAUGGCGACUAACAAUAAUUUUCUGCGGAAAUAAGUGUUUAUUGCAUUCUUGUGUCUAUAAACUUAGAUUUUAUUCAGUAAAUCGGAAAAUCUACGAUAUAUUACUGGUUUAUCUAGGAAAAAACUAGGAAUUAAAAAUGGAUUCCACAAUUACUGAAGGAUAUGAACAUGCAGGUAAUGUUGCCGAUAUAAACAAACAAGUUGCUUAUUCUGAUAAUACGAUGGAUUUCACUCAAGAAACGUACUCUACAAAUGCACCACCGGCUUCCGGUGGGUUUCAAGUAACAGAGGAUCCUUAUCAAGUACAACAAUCAUCAGAUUCAGUAUAUAAUCCUGUUGAAUCAGUUCAACAUUUACAAUAUGAACACCAAGGUCAACACGAUCUUGAAAAUAUUGCAUCUCAGGCCUACUAUUCAGCUCAAGAAACACAGUAUCACAGUUCUUACAUUCCAGAGCAACCCCAAGAAUCUGGAACAGUACACAGAAAUAAUGGUAUAGGUGAUGUUAAUGCUGAAGAAUUUGUUGAAAACAGUACACAAAAUCCAGUAUCUGAAAAUUUUGAUAACAAUGCAGGUGUGGUAGAAGCCAACACCAAUACUAAUUUCGUAGACCAACCAACUGAAACUGAAUCUGAAACUAUCAAAAUUGAAAAUGCAGAUAAUCCUAGUCAAGAGCACAUACCUGAUAAUCAAAAUGGAGAAAAAUCUGUAGAUAAUGUUCAGGAGGAUCAAAUAGAACAAAAUCAAGAAAAAGUAAUACCUACUGAAAAAGAUAUUGUUAAAGAAGAAGCAAGUUUGAGUGAAGUAGUUAGUAAGAUAGAGGAGACAAAUGUAGAACAGACUAAUGUAGAAGAAGGUAUGGUUGUAGAACAAGUUAUUGAGGAAUCAAAGUCUGUUCAAGAGGCAACUCCCGUUGAAGAGGAAACUUCUGUUGAAGAGGAAACUUCUGUUGAAGAAGCAACAUCUGUUGAAGAGGCAGCAUCUGUUGAAGAGGCAGCAUCUGUUGAAAAGGUAGCAUCUGUUGAAGAGGCAACGUCUGUUGAAGAGGCAGCGUCUGUUGAAGAGGCAACGUCUGUUGAAGAGGCAACGUCUGUUGAUGAGGUAACGUCCGUUGAAGAGGCAACUUCAAUUGAAUCUGAGGGACAUUCCACACAGUUUACAGAAAUGCAAACUUAUGAACCAGGAGAGGAAAGUUUCAGUAUUGUUGAAGAAGUAUCUGAAGAUGCCACGACUUCACAAAAGGAUGGUUCUCAAGCUGAAGUUGUGGAAGAUGAAUUAUUGAUGGACGUAAUAAGUACAGAAGAACAGCAACAAAAUAAUUCAGAACAUAUUGAAAUUGCUGAAAAAAAACCUAGAAAGACUAGAAAGCCUAUAUUUGAGGUACCAAUGCAUUUGAUGGGCCACGAUAUAAACAAACCUGUUGAUCCUGUUCAAAAUGGUAGCAGGGCAUUGCCAAAACCAAGGUUGGGAGUAAAGGUACCCUAUCGCAACCUGACGAGCCAGAUAGUAUCCAAAGCUGAAUUAGAAGAAGUUAUAUUGGAAAGAUCGAGAGCUAAGGAAGAGGCUAGCAACAAAGCUAACAUUAAAUUCGCUAGAAGUUUGACUCAGAGAUUGGCUAACAAAAUUGUCCCGGAAAAAGGACGGAAAGAUAAAAAGAUGAAGGAUACUACAAACAAGGAAGGAAAAGAAAAGGAAGAUCAAAUGGAUAUUGCAGAAGUAGAUAAAUCAUUUUCUCAAGAACCGAGUAAUUCUGUGCCAAUUGAUGAUUCUAAGAUUCAGAAUGAUGAUGACUUGUUGGCUAUUUUGGAAGGAGAAGGGGAAGAGAUGCCGGUGUUGGCUAAAGAACAACCGAAUAGUCAGGUGGAUGAUAGUAACCUGAAGUUACUAGAACGAGAAAUAGCUCUACAACAACUUCAAGAACUCCCCCUACAAGAACCAAAAGAAAGAAUUUUAAAGCCAAGAUAUUCCAGUAGAACUUCCACCAGUGUGAAGGCAGAAAUUUCACCAAAAGGAAGAUCUGAAAAAAGUAAUUCGUCAAAUUCAACUUUGUCGACAUCUAAAUCAACUUUAUCAACACCUAAACCUACUUCAUCAACACCUAAACCAACUUCAUCAACACCUAAACCAACUUCAUCAACUCCUAAACCAACUUCAUCAAUACCUAAAUCUACUUCGCACAAAGUUAGUGCUCAGUCUUUGUCAAAAUCAAGUUCGCCAUCCCCUAAGAAGUCAUCAGAGAUAGACUUAGAUAUUCCAUCACCUGUCAAGAAACAAAUUGAAAUUGAACCUCAAGUUAAGGUUAACAUGGUAUUGAAAACCUAUUCAAGAAAGAGAAAGCCUUCAGAUAUUAUGGACUUGGAAAUUCCAUCGCCGAAAAGGCCCUCUUUCGAUGAUCCCGAGUUUCAGCCAGACACAAAUCCAAAAUCAGAUCCUUUAGCUAUACCAACUGAUGUUUAUGUUACUAAGAGCUCCCGUAUUAUUAAGAAAAAAGUGAUCUGGGAUCCAGAUGAUGAGCAAACACCUACGAGCUUCAAACGUACACCUAUAGCUAAAGUCGUUGAAAGUCCCAAAAAUAUACCAACCAAGGUUGUAAAAGUAACCCCAAGUCUUGAAAAGAAAGUUAGUGAGAAAACUGUUGAUAAGCCUAAGCCAGAUCAAAAGACUGUUAUGAAGUCUCCAGAAAAAAGUAUUGAAAAAGUGGUUCCUAAAAAGGUUGUAAAUAAGAAGUCACCUGCCAAUAAGCCAAAGAAAGGGUUAUCAGAAGUUGACCGAUUGCUCAUGGAUGAAGGCGCAGUAAAAAUGCUCUACGAUCUCAAAGGCGACGCUAAUUCUUCAAAAAGAAAGAAGGACGUGUAUUCUGUAGAUAAAGCAGAAAGAGAUAUAGUGAAAAAGGCAAAUUUAUUGAAAAACGACCUUGUUCUGAACACAAGUAAUGAAUCACCUAAAUCUUUGAGGAAGAAAGAAGGACCUGUUCUGAUAUCACCUAUAUCUAAACCAACCCCUAUUUUGGAACGCAAAAUGUCUAAGGAUUCCACACGAAGCUCGGUACAUACUCCUCCUAGAUCUCCCAACAUGUUUUCGUCUCAAAGUUCGAUGCUGAUCAGGAGAAGGUCAAGUAGUUCCAUCUCGAGUGACGAUAUGGAACAACAGUUUCCAACAAAGGUGACUAAAACUAAGACUAAAAAACAGAAAAAAUCCGCUUCAAAUACAGAAGAUAAUAAACUUUCCAAAGAAGUUGUUUCGCCGACAAAAGAUGUAGCGGCUAAACUCGUUAAGGGAGUUCAAUACAAAUCUUUCACAAUGAAGAGAUCAGGCAAACAUGUUGCCAUAGAUUUGAAUUAUAUUGAUGAUGAAUGUUAUUUUACAAUUCAGGUCUUAGAAGAGUUGCUUUCUGCACUAAAAAAAUUGGGAAAAGAUAAAGAAUGUAAUGUUGUGUCCCUAACUUCAACAAGUGCAUCUUUUUGUUUAGGACUCGAUUACACUUAUUUGGUAUCUGAUAAAAAUGAUGAGAGGAUUGAUAAAUCUACACAAUUAGCUGAAGCAUUAAGAGAGUUUUUAUUUUGUCUUCUACAUUUCCCGAAAAUAUUGAUUGCUGGUAUACAGGGAGAAUGUGUUGGAGUAGGUGUGACGAUGCUCCCAUUGUUUGAUUGCGUCAUAGCCAGUGAUACUGCCACAUUCAGAACACCUUAUGCGAGCCUGGGCUGUCUAGGAGAAGCAGUUUGUUUGUUAUCGUACCCCAAUUUUAGCAACAAUGGACUGGCUGCCGAAUUAUUAUAUGCAAACCAGACACUCAAAGCAGAUGAAGCUUGUAGACGUGGCCUGAUCUCGAAAUUAUGUUGGCCAGAAAAAUACAAGGAGACCUUAAAGAACUGUUUGUCUUCAAUUGCAAAAGGUUCACGACAGAGUUUAGAAACAACCAAGAGACAGCUUCGAGCAAAUCUUACGGAAGAGAUAGAAGCAGCUAUAGAUACCGAAAUGGACAUUUUAAUCGAGCACUGGACAAGUUCAGAGUGUCAAGAGAAUUUUUCGAAAAUGAAGAAAUAAGAAACCAGAAUUUGCUAGUUGAAUGUGUGGUACAAAGAAUUUAAAUGUAGCAAUUAUGUGAAAGAAAUCGGAAAAUUAUUUCACAUAGCUAUUUCAAAACAUAUUUUUUAUAUUUUCAUAAAACUAGUGAUUAAGUGACUAUAAAUGUAUAUCCUUUUUUUUAGGAUUUUAUCUAUCUUAGACAAUUAAUUAGUACUAAACUUCGAUUUUUAAUGUAUCUGAUUGAAAUUUAAAAAUUUCACUGACUGUUUAAGCACAGUAGUUAAAUAAGGUCCCAAAGAUUGGUGCAAUUUAUAAUCGUAAAACAGUUGAUUAAUUUGUAAGGCAGGUGUUUAAAAAUUAAACACUUAAAAUCAUCUUGCAGUGUGUCCUGAAUUCAUUUUUACAUUUAUCAUAGAUAAAAGACAAUUAAAUUUAAGCAAUGGGGCACGCUCGCUAAACGUCAAUAAUUUUGUCCGGUAUAUUUGUAAAAAUACAAAUUUAAUAUUACACAUUGACUGGAAAAGGAUGUCGCUCACAUUUGAUGGAAAACUGGGUUUGAAUUUACUUUAAAAUUCUCGAAUUCUUAAAAACAAGCAGUAUUACAUGCAUUGGUGUGUUUAUUAAUGAAUAAUAUAUGGAUUUGAACAUUUCUAAAAAAUUCGUUUUAAGACGAUGAUUAUGUUUGGCGUUAUUUCAUUGUUACAAAUGCACUGCAUUGAAAAUUCUACUCGAGAAAAUUAUUUAUUAAAGUGCAUGUAGCGUUUUUUUUUUUUUUGAAAACCUUAAAAUACCAAAAUUACAGGGUGUCAAAAAUAUGUUUUUUAUGAUUUUUUAUUAAUAACUUUUUCUAGUUUGCGAUUAACUUUAAAUUUUGUACACUUAUUAGUAAUAUUGUCAUAAAUUGACAUAAAUCCCUUAAUGCCAAAAUGUCUUGGCAGCCCAUGACCUUAAGAAAAUGUUUUAAAACUUUUUUGCUUAACCCAUUAGUGCCUAGAUUAUUUUUUUUUUCUCGUUUUUUUCGGUAAUUUUAGUAUUUUUUGUUUAAAUUAUGGUCAGAUUUUAAUAAAAAAAAUUGAAUUUUUAUUUGUAGAAUUGUAGACCCUUCAGGUUAAGGCACUAAUGGGUUAAUUUAGAAAUCGACUAAUUAUUGAUUAUUUUACCCACCCCUAGUGUGAAUAUAACUGAAUUUUGUUAAAAUAUCAUCAGAAACACAAUGGUGUGCAUAUUUCACGGGAUACAACAAAAUUUAAUAGUUUUUAUAUAAAAUAUUAAAUUUUUAACUAUUUUUUUUGGACCCUCUGAAACACAUUUCAAAAUACUUUUUUGUACCUCAGGGACUAAAACAUGCAUUUUACUCCCUCAUUUUAGAAACUGAAGUGCCACUUUUACUCCCUUGGAACUAAAAUAUUUCAGUCCCAAGGGAUUAAAAAAAUGUUAGUCUCGCAAAUAGCAAGAUCAAUAAAAACCAUAGCAAAGUACUUUAUUCGGGAGGUAAUAUAACAAGACCUCAUUUAUAAG